ACUUGCCUUUGCCUAUUCACCUCUCCCCCUUCUUUUCCUCCUUCCACUGGUUUUCAUAUUCCACCCAGUCCCACCCCAAAAAAGAUAAAGUUAACUAAAAAAGGUAGCAAAAAAACCCAAUUGAAAAUUCAAUUAAGAAAUGUUUUUGCUUUUUGGGUAUAUUUUUUUUUUAUAAAUAACAACUUGGGUCUUCACCUUUACUUUUUUUUUUCCUAACAAAGUAAUGGGUACUAGUGAUUGCCCACUUAAGAUUCUUGGGUUUUCACCUAUUUUAAAUUAUUUGCAUUUUUCAGCAACAAUAAGGUCUAUGGAGAGUAAUUGAGAUCAUGAGCUCCACUACAAUUCAAGUUACCAAUUAUGCAAGUAUGGGAAUAUAUGAACCACCUAGAGCAAUAAGCAUGUGGAGGGAUACCUCAAAAGCGAUCACUUCUGGUGCAGGUGCAUCUUCAAGCACACAGGCGGAACCUGGACAUGAGAACAAGUUUGAAUAUGAGUAUACUUCUCCUGAGAUGAUGGAACCAUCCUUCAAUAGUGAAGAUGCAGCAAGACUUUCGGAGAAGGUGCAAAGGCGUUUGGCUCAAAAUCGUGAAGCUGCAAAGAAGAGUCGUUUGAGAAAGAAGGCUUAUGUUCAGCAAUUAGAAAGUAGUCGUUUAAAGCUGGCCCAAUUAGAGCUACAAAUUCAGCAAACUAAACAGCAGGCCUCGUGUUUGGCGGCUGCAUUGCCUGCUAAUCUUGGAUUUGCAGGACAUAUAAGCACAGGAUUGGCUGCAUUUGAAAUGGAAUACGGACACUGGGUUGAAGAGCAAAAUCGGCAGAAUAGUGAACUUAGAAAUGCUCUCUAUGUCAACGUGGCUGAUGUUGAGCUAAAAAUCCUUGUAGAAAAUGGCUUGAAUCACUAUUAUCACCUCUUCCGGAUCAAAGCAGAUGCAGCUAAGUCUGAUGUCUUCUACUUGAUGUCUGGCAUGUGGAGAUCAUCAGUUGAGCGGUUUUUCCUCUGGAUUGGUGGAUUUCGGCCAUCUGAACUUCUAAAAAUUCUCUUGCCACAAAUUGAGCCCUCCAAUCAACAAAUGGAGGAUAUUGAUAGACUACUAUGUGCAUCCCGACAAGCUGAGGAUGCACUGUCACGCGGAGUGGAUAAACUACAGCAAAAUCUAACUCAUAUCAUGUUUGAGCAAAGACUAGGUGUAGAAAUGUACGGCUAUCAGAUGACGUGUGCAUUGGAGAAGUUAGAAGCUAUAGAAGGCUUCGUGAUCCAAGCGGACCAUCUACGUGAGCAAACUCUACAAUUGAUGUCUCGGAUCCUCACAUCCCAUCAAGCAGCCCGAGGACUGCUGGCAUUAGGGGAAUACUUCCAUCGUCUCCGUGCACUUAGUUCUCUUUGGGCUGCUCGUCCUCGAGAUCCUGGCUAAUGAGAUGGUGGCGUGCACAACUUCUUCGCUAUUUAGUGUGCAUGUCAUUCUUCAAUUGACAUGUAUCUAUAAUAGGUCACUUGUUCAUUUCAUCUUUUCCCGUGUCCUCUCCUUUAGACGUAGUGAGGUUUUUUAAAGUUUACAUUGUAAAUAUACGUUAUGUUGUGUCUAAAACUCUAGAAAAGUGACGAUAGGUUGUCACCUGCGGUUGUACAGUGAUGCAUUAUCGAUCUUGAUGAGGUUGUUCUCUAGUACUUGUUGUGGAGAAUCGAUAUCGAUCGAUGAGGGGUUGGGGUAUGGUACAUACUUGCUAUUGAAAUUUCAGUCGAAUGGGGAUGAAAAUUAGGGGGCAUUGCUGUAAAAUGUUAUUAUCAUAAUGGUUGUAUUUUUAUCUAUGUUCUUCAA